AUGAACCUCACCAAGAUCAUCGCCCACCUCGCCAUCAUUGCUGCCGCCAUGGGCUCGCUCACGGAAGCCGGCGGCAAGUUUGGUCUGCCGGCCCAGCAGUCGAUCGUCUCGAAGGGGAAACCCGUGGUCGUCGUUCCGGCCCCUGCGACCUACGCGCCCAUCGUCACUCCUGCUCCAACGACCAAGCCUCCGACUGCGCCGGCCCCGACUCCCUGUGCGACGACUAAGGCACCGGCCCCAACCCCUUGCCCGACGACGAAAGCACCUACCGCGGCUCCGGCCGCAACGACCAAAGCACCUAUCGCGGUUCCGGCCCCAACUCCCUGUGCAACGACCGGUGCACCAGUUACGACGCCACUUCCGACUCCGGCUUUGACGACAGGAGCCCCCGUGACUACGCCGGCACCGGUUCCGGCACCAACCCCUUCUCCUACUCCAGCUCCGACCGAGGCUCCCACGCCAGCUCCGACUCAAGCUCCUUCCACUUUGCCGGUAGUGACUCCGGUGCCGACGCCAUGUGAGACUACCGCGGCACCCGUUGCGACUCCGAAUCCAACGACCGCACCGACUCCGGCUCCGACGACCGCGGUGGAGACGCCGAUCCCGACGCCGGAGGCCACCACUGGAGGCUCCAGCGAGACGCCCGCGCCGACCUCGACUCCGGAGGCCACCACCGGCACGGACACGCCGAUCCAAACCACGCCGGACACGCCGGCACCGACUCCGGCUCCGACGACCGCGGUGGAGACGCCGAUCCCGACGCCGGAGGCCACCACUGGAGGCUCCAGCGAGACGCCCGCGCCGACCUCGACUCCGGAGGCCACCACCGGCACGGACACGCCGAUCCAAACCACGCCGGACACGCCGGCACCGACUCCGGCUCCGACGACCGCGGUGGAGACGCCGAUCCCGACGCCGGAGGCCACCACUGGAGGCUCCAGCGAGACGCCCGCGCCGACCUCGACUCCGGAGGCCACCACCGGCACGGACACGCCGAUCCAAACCACGCCGGACACGCCGGCACCGACUCCGGCUCCGACGACCGCGGUGGAGACGCCGAUCCCGACGCCGGAGGCCACCACUGGAGGCUCCAGCGAGACGCCCGCGCCGACCUCGACUCCGGAGGCCACCACCGGCACGGACACGCCGAUCCAAACCACGCCGGACACGCCGGCACCGACUCCGGCUCCGACGACCACGGUGGAGACGCCGGUCCCGACGCCGGAGGCCACCACUGGAGGCUCCAGCGAGACGCCCGCGCCGACCUCGACUCCGGAGGCCACCACCGGCACGGACACGCCGAUCCAAACCACGCCGGACACGCCGGCACCGACUCCGGCUCCGACGACCGCGGUGGAGACGCCGAUCCCGACGCCGGAGGCCACCACUGGAGGCUCCAGCGAGACGCCCGCGCCGACCUCGACUCCGGAGGCCACCACCGGCACGGACACGCCGAUCCAAACCACGCCGGACACGCCGGCACCGACUCCGGCUCCGACGACCGCGGUGGAGACGCCGGUCCCGACGCCGGAGGCCACCACUGGAGGCUCCAGCGAGACGCCCGCGCCGACCUCAACUCCGGAGGCCACCACCGGCACGGACACGCCGAUCCAAACCACGCCGGACACGUCGGCACCGACUCCGGCUCCGACGACCGCGGUGGAGACGCCGAUCCCGACGCCGGAGGCCACCACUGGAGGCUCCAGCGAGACGCCCGCGCCGACCUCGACUCCGGAGGCCACCACCGGCACGGACACGCCGAUCCAAACCACGCCGGACACGCCGGCACCGACUCCGGCUCCGACGACCGCGGUGGAGACGCCGAUCCCGACGCCGGAGGCCACCACUGGAGGCUCCAGCGAGACGCCCGCGCCGACCUCAACUCCGGAGGCCACCACCGGCACGGACACGCCGAUCCAAACCACGCCGGGCACGCCGGCACCGACUCCGGCUCCGACGACCGCGGUGGAGACGCCGAUCCCGACGCCGGAGGCCACCACUGGAGGCUCCAGCGAGACGCCCGCGCCGACCUCGACUCCGGAGGCCACCACCGGCACGGACACGCCGAUCCAAACCACGCCGGACACGCCGGCACCGACUCCGGCUCCGACGACCACGGUGGAGACGCCGGUCCCGACGCCGGAGGCCACCACUGGAGGCUCCAGCGAGACGCCCGCGCCGACCUCGACUCCGGAGGCCACCACCGGCACGGACACGCCGAUCCAAACCACGCCGGACACGCCGGCACCGACUCCGGCUCCGACGACCACGGUGGAGACGCCGGUCCCGACGCCGGAGGCCACCACUGGAGGCUCCAGCGAGACGCCCGCGCCGACCUCGACUCCGGAGGCCACCACCGGCACGGACACGCCGAUCCAAACCACGCCGGACACGCCGGCACCGACUCCGGCUCCGACGACCGCGGUGGAGACGCCGAUCCCGACGCCGGAGGCCACCACUGGAGGCUCCAGCGAGACGCCCGCGCCGACCUCAACUCCGGAGGCCACCACCGGCACGGACACGCCGAUCCAAACCACGCCGGACACGCCGGCACCGACUCCGGCUCCGACGACCGCGGUGGAGACGCCGAUCCCGACGCCGGAGGCCACCACUGGAGGCUCCAGCGAGACGCCCGCGCCGACCUCGACUCCGGAGGCCACCACCGGCACGGACACGCCGAUCCAAACCACGCCGGACACGCCGGCACCGACUCCGGCUCCGACGACCACGGUGGAGACGCCGGUCCCGACGCCGGAGGCCACCACUGGAGGCUCCAGCGAGACGCCCGCGCCGACCUCGACUCCGGAGGCCACCACCGGCACGGACACGCCGAUCCAAACCACGCCGGACACGCCGGCACCGACUCCGGCUCCGACGACCGCGGUGGAGACGCCGAUCCCGACGCCGGAGGCCACCACUGGAGGCUCCAGCGAGACGCCCGCGCCGACCUCAACUCCGGAGGCCACCACCGGCACGGACACGCCGAUCCAAACCACGCCGGACACGCCGGCACCGACUCCGGCUCCGACGACCACGGUGGAGACGCCGGUCCCGACGCCGGAGGCCACCACUGGAGGCUCCAGCGAGACGCCCGCGCCGACCUCGACUCCGGAGGCCACCACCGGCACGGACACGCCGAUCCAAACCACGCCGGACACGCCGGCACCGACUCCGGCUCCGACGACCACGGUGGAGACGCCGAUCCCGACGCCGGAGGCCACCACUGGAGGCUCCAGCGAGACGCCCGCGCCGACCUCGACUCCGGAGGCCACCACCGGCACGGACACGCCGAUCCAAACCACGCCGGACACGCCGGCACCGACUCCGGCUCCGACGACCACGGUGGAGACGCCGAUCCCGGCGCCGGAGGCCACCACUGGAGGCUCCAGCGAGACGCCCGCGCCGACCUCGACUCCGGAGGCCACCACCGGCACGGACACGCCGAUCCAAACCACGCCGGACACGCCGGCACCGACUCCGGCUCCGACGACCACGGUGGAGACGCCGGUCCCGACGCCGGAGGCCACCACUGGAGGCUCCAGCGAGACGCCCGCGCCGACCUCGACUCCGGAGGCCACCACCGGCACGGACACGCCGAUCCAAACCACGCCGGACACGCCGGCACCGACUCCGGCUCCGACGACCACGGUGGAGACGCCGGUCCCGACGCCGGAGGCCACCACUGGAGGCUCCAGCGAGACGCCCGCGCCGACCUCGACUCCGGAGGCCACCACCGGCACGGACACGCCGAUCCAAACCACGCCGGACACGCCGGCACCGACUCCGGCUCCGACGACCGCGGUGGAGACGCCGAUCCCGACGCCGGAGGCCACCACUGGAGGCUCCAGCGAGACGCCCGCGCCGACCUCGACUCCGGAGGCCACCACCGGCACGGACACGCCGAUCCAAACCACGCCGGACACGCCGGCACCGACUCCGGCUCCGACGACCACGGUGGAGACGCCGGUCCCGACGCCGGAGGCCACCACUGGAGGCUCCAGCGAGACGCCCGCGCCGACCUCGACUCCGGAGGCCACCACCGGCACGGACACGCCGAUCCAAACCACGCCGGACACGCCGGCACCGACUCCGGCUCCGACGACCGCGGUGGAGACGCCGAUCCCGACGCCGGAGGCCACCACUGGAGGCUCCAGCGAGACGCCCGCGCCGACCUCGACUCCGGAGGCCACCACCGGCACGGACACGCCGAUCCAAACCACGCCGGACACGCCGGCACCGACUCCGGCUCCGACGACCACGGUGGAGACGCCGGUCCCGACGCCGGAGGCCACCACUGGAGGCUCCAGCGAGACGCCCGCGCCGACCUCGACUCCGGAGGCCACCACCGGCACGGACACGCCGAUCCAAACCACGCCGGACACGCCGGCACCGACUCCGGCUCCGACGACCACGGUGGAGACGCCGGUCCCGACGCCGGAGGCCACCACUGGAGGCUCCAGCGAGACGCCCGCGCCGACCUCGACUCCGGAGGCCACCACCGGCACGGACACGCCGAUCCAAACCACGCCGGACACGCCGGCACCGACUCCGGCUCCGACGACCACGGUGGAGACGCCGGUCCCGACGCCGGAGGCCACCACUGGAGGCUCCAGCGAGACGCCCGCGCCGACCUCGACUCCGGAGGCCACCACCGGCACGGACACGCCGAUCCAAACCACGCCGGACACGCCGGCACCGACUCCGGCUCCGACGACCACGGUGGAGACGCCGGUCCCGACGCCGGAGGCCACCACUGGAGGCUCCAGCGAGACGCCCGCGCCGACCUCAACUCCGGAGGCCACCACCGGCACGGACACGCCGAUCCAAACCACGCCGGACACGCCGGCACCGACUCCGGCUCCGACGACCGCGGUGGAGACGCCGAUCCCGACGCCGGAGGCCACCACUGGAGGCUCCAGCGAGACGCCCGCGCCGACCUCGACUCCUGUCGCAACGCCUGUUGUCACCUUGGUUCCGAUGCCAGUGCCGACGACCAACGCUCCAGUGUCUACUCCUAUUUCGACUCCAGUGGCUACAACUUCUGUCCCAGUUGUUUAUCCAGCUCCUACACCUUGUGCUACGACCGGAUCGCCCCGUCCUAUUCCGGCGCCAACCCCGACCAAGGCCGCUAUCAAGUCGCCCGUUCCGACACCGUGCCCAACGACAAAGACCCCAGUCUCGAAGACAACUCCGGCACCAGCUCGUACGCCCAGCAAGACGCCGAGCCCACCGUUGGCUAAGACUCCAAGCCCGCCCGCCAAGGCGACUGGUUCAUCAAAGACCGCUCCUACGCCGUGCCCAUCGGUUACCAAGGCGGCUCCGAAGCAGUCGAAUGUGAACCAGAAGGCUGGAAGCGUUCCCGGCAAUGGCGUUAAGGCUGGCGCGGCUACCGGUGGCAAGCCCACUGCUGUGUCUGGUGGCGCAGCUCCGGCCAAGGGUUCUACAAUCGUCUCAAGUGGAAAGCAGGAACCCAUCACUGUCGGCAAAUCCGAUGCCAAGGACAGCAAGGCAAAGGCGCAGCCCCCUACCAAGACGACUGUCGCUCCAACUCCGUGCCCAAGCCCGACUGUGGCCGGGAAAGCAACCGUAUCGAAAAGCCGCCCAAGCCGCUACCUUCGCCAGUAAGGGCACUCGUUCGAACAGCAUGAAGUUGUACAGCGUCGUCUGAUGCAUACUUUUUCUGGGAUAGCAGUACUGAAACACAUUUGAAUGACAAGUGCUGCUUCUGAAUCGG